CCACACAAGCGUGCAAGCCGCUCUAUACGCAGGCAAGCAGCCAGGCAACGGAAUCCUCGACCUCAACGGGUUAGUGGUGGUGGAUGGACUGCUUAGGCAAAGCAGCUGGCUGCGUCCAGCCACCAGCCAGUGGCAGCGCCGUCUACUCGAAGCCAAGGUGGCUAGCCAUGUACAGGACCAUGUACAGAACCAUGUACAGAAUCCCUUGAGCCACACCACUUUGACAUGUCCCCUCUGACUGGCUGAGCCCUGUAAGUACCGAUCGCACUCUCGUCGACUUCGCCGGGCAUACUUCCGGGUCAAGUCUCUCGCGUUCAAGGACAUCUGCCUCCUGUUCUCUCCAUGUAUAUCCCAAGUACCAUCGCCGUCUCCUGCCUCCCUACUUCCCUCGUCCCCCUGCCCUCCAUCUUGCUCUCCGUCCCCUCAUCUCCAACCUUUGAAUAUCCGAACAGUGGCUUGCAAGUCAUCAGAUCACCCCAGAUCCUUUUCACAUUCUUCAACCUCAUAAGUUUUCGCCCAUGGGCUCUAGCUCGUUUUUAUAUGUCUCGCUACUUGCUCCUUUCUCGCCCUUUCCCUUUCCCACCAUACAGGACUCAUAGCCAUACCGCAAUCUGUUGCUGUCUCUGUCACCUCACAGCGCCGUCCCAAACCCCAUCCCCAGCAGACCCUCGGUGAAAGUGACUGGCGAGAGCAGCAUGUAGAUGUACCUCCGUUCAUGAUCGAUUGCAGUUGCAUGAGAGUAAGUACUUUGUACCUAUACCUACACCUACCUGUACCCCAGCCUUCGAUCGCAGCCAGCUCCAGCCAAUCCCACAAGCGAAACGUGCAUCUCUUUGGAAUCUGCGUGCAGCAAGCAACCUAGGUCAUCUCCAGGUUUACAUAUCCACUCACCGUGGUCAGUACCAUAACUCAUCCUUUUCCCUUAAAGCCGUCGCCCAAUGUCGAAACGUGCAGAAAGACCAGAGCUUGUCCCCAACAUCGGAAUAUCGCCUUCGCAUCCUCGUCCAGCAACUGCUUACACGCCCGUCAAGCCAGAAAUCUCGUCUUCGAGUCUUCCGCGGAAUAACAAAAGACGCGCUCCAGGACAACCAGCUUCCAAUUUAGCCAUGUCAAUUCCGUCCGGUUCUGCACCUCCCAUGGGAACUGCAGAUGAACCAAGCAUGACCUCUUCCCCAAUGGGCCCACCGGCGAAAAAGAGUCGAACGAAUACACCUUGGACGCCCGCCGAAGAGCAGAGAUUGAAGACGAUGAGAGACGCAGGGAACAGUUGGGCAGAGAUCGCAAAGGUAAGAGGCGUGCCAGCUAGCAUUUGACGUUCGCUUCCGAUUAAUCGCAACCCUGGGACUGAGCUGUGAUGUGACAGACUUUUCCUCAAAGAACCGAAGGUAGUGUUAAGAAGCACUGGUACAAGGUAACCAAGCCUUUUCAGACUUUGACAUCCGUGUCUCUUCCGCUAAAUGAUUCUUAGGAUAUGCACUACGCCGAGUUUGCAGAAGAUGAGGUAGGUCCACUAUUCCGACGUGAUCAGCGUCUAGCCUCCACUAUAUAGGUGCUGAGACUCAAAUAGAGUCAGGCUCUCCUCAAUGCUAUCAAGGAAUACGAGACGAAUAAGUGGAAAGUGAUUGGGCAAAAGGUUGGGAAACCAGCCAAGGUUUGAGACCUCUUCUCUGCGCAACAUGAUCAUCUGCUGAUAUUGGUUCCAAACAGGCGUGCGAACAAUACGCCAAAGAGCAUUUUGCAAAAUCGUAGACGCUCUCGCGUUCCUUGAUACGAAACUUAUACUCGAGCAUAUGUGAAACAUUUCGGCAUGCGAAUGUUUCGCCCUUUUUCUGCAAAGCAUAGGCGUGCGGGUUCUCAUGGCGCAAGGGAUUGAUUUCUCUCUUGCUAAAUGGGUUUCUGAUGGGGGGAGGGAGCGGAACCGGGGGGGGGUGGGAAAACUUGCUGUUCUUUCAUGGCGUGGAACUUUGGCUAGCGUUCGGAUUUUUUCUCAUCACCAAUGUUUGUGCAAUAUUGGUCUGCUGCGAAGGAAGGUUCUCGUGGUGGAUGCUUUCUUCUUUUUCUUCUGCUUGAUUCUAUAGGGAUGGAUGGGUAUCUUUCUGCUUUUUUGCUGCUCAAAAAAAAAAUCAAAUGUAUCGCAUUAGGGUUGGUUUUGGUUUUGUGCUUCUUCUUCCUCUCUUCUUCUUCUUCUUCUUCUUCUUCUUUGGUUCCUUUGAUUUCCUUUGAUAUGAGGUGUUUUCUUUUUCUCGUGUUUCUGUGGGCGAGGAAUGAGGAAGGAAGGAAGCAAGGGAUAUUAACAUCCAGUCCAGUCUUAAUCGAUCGGCGACUUGAUAGAGGAUCAGGGAAUAUAUAUAUAUCCAGA